AUGAUGAGUCUGACCAUGAUGAGUCUGACCAUGAUGAGUCUGACCAUGAUCAGUCUGACCAUGAUCAGUCUGACCUUGAUGAGUCUGACCAUGAUGAGUCUGACCAUGAUGAGUCUGACCAUGAUGAGUCUGACCAUGAUGAGUCUGACCAUGAUGAGUCUGACCAUGAUGAGUCUGACCAUGAUCAGUCUGACCUUGAUGAGUCUGACCAUGAUGAGUCUGACCAUGAUGAGUCUGACCAUGAUGAGUCUGACCAUGAUGAGUCUGACCAUGAUGAGUCUGACCAUGAUGAGUCUGACCAUGAUCAGUCUGACCUUGAUGAGUCUGACCAUGAUGAGUCUGACCAUGAUGAGUCUGACCAUGAUGAGUCUGACCAUGAUGAGUCUGACCCUGAUGAGUCUGACCAUGAUGAGUCUGACCAUGAUGAGUCUGACCCUGAUGAGUCUGACCAUGAUGAGUCUGACCAUGAUGAACUAUCUAAAACUUUCAAAAAUGUUGAUUUAA